AGUGUAGAGGUGGCAGGUAGCCUAGUGGUUAGAGUGUAGAGGUGGCAGGUAGCCUAGUGGUUAGAGUGUAGUGGUGGCAGGUAGCCUAGUGGUUAGAGUGUAGUGGUGGCAGGUAGCCUAGUGGUUAGAGUGUAGUGGUGGCAGGUAGCCUAGUGGUUAGAGUGUAGAGGUGGCAGGUAGCCUAGUGGUUAGAGUGUAGAGGUGGCAGGUAGCCUAGUGGUUAGAGUGUAUAGGUGGCAGGUAGCCUAGUGGUUAGAGUGUAGAGGUGGCAGGUAGCCUAGUGGUUAGAGUGUAGUGGUGGCAGGUAGCCUAGUGGUUAGAGUGUAGUGGUGGCAGGUAGCCUAGUGGUUAGAGUGUAGAGGUGGCAGGUAGCCUAGUGGUUAGAGUGUAGUGGUGGCAGGUAGCCUAGUGGUUAGAGUGUAGUGGUGGCAGGUAGCCUAGUGGUUAGAGUGUAGAGGUGGCAGGUAGCCUAGUGGUUAGAGUGUAGUGGUGGCAGGUAGCCUAGUGGUUAGAGUGUAGUGGUGGCAGGUAGCCUAGUGGUUAGAGUGUAGAGGAGGCAGGUAGCCUAGUGGUUAGAGUGUAGAGGAGGCAGGUAGCCUAGUGGUUAGAGUGUAGAGGUGGCAGGUAGCCUAGUGGUUAGAGUGUAGAGGUGGCAGGUAGCCUAGUGGUUAGAGUGUAGAGGUGGCAGGUAGCCUAGUGGUUAGAGUGUAGAGGUGGCAGGUAGCCUAGUGGUUAGAGUGUAGAGGUGGCAGGUAGCCUAGUGGUUAGAGUGUAGAGGUGGCAGGGUAGUCUAGUGGUUAGAGUGUAGAGGUGGCAGGUAGCCUAGUGGUUAGAGUGUAGAGGUGGCAGGUAGCCUAGUGGUUAGAGUGUAGAGGUGGCAGGGUAGUCUAGUGGUUAGAGUGUAGAGGUGGCAGGUAGCCUAGUGGUUAGAGUGUAGAGGUGGCAGGUAGCCUAGUGGUUAGAGUGUAGAGGUGGCAGGUAGCCUAGUGGUUAGAGUGUAGAGGUGGCAGGUAGCCUAGUGGUUAGAGUGUAGAGGUGGCAGGUAGCCUAGUGGUUAGAGUGUAGACGUGGCAGGUAGCCUAGUGGUUAGAGUGUAGAGGGGGCAGGUAGCCUAGUGGUUAGAGUGUAGAGGUGGCAGGUAGCCUAGUGGUUAGAGUGUAGAGGUGGCAGGUGGCAGGUAGCCUAGUGGUUAGAGUGUAGAGGUGGCAGGGUGGCCUAGUGGUUAGAGUGUAGAGGUGGCAGGUAGCCUAGUGGUUAGAGUGUAGAGGUGGCAGGUGGCAGGUAGCCUAGUGGUUAGAGUGUAGAGGUGGCAGGUAGCCUAGUGGUUAGAGUGUAGAGGUGGCAGGUAGCCUAGUGGUUAGAGUGUAGAGGUGGCAGGUAGCCUAGUGGUUAGAGUGUAGAGGUGGCAGGUGGCAGGUAGCCUAGUGGUUAGAGUGUAGAGGUGGCAGGUAGCCUAGUGGUUAGAGUGUAGAGGUGGCAGGUAGCCUAGUGGUUAGAGUGUAUAGGAGGCAGGUAGCCGAGAGAGUAGAGUGUAGAGGUGGCAGGUAGCCUAGUGGUUAGAGUGUAGAGGUGGCAGGUAGCCUAGUGGUUAGAGUGUAGAGGCGGCAGGUAGCCUAGUGGUUAGAGUGUAGAGGAGGCAGGUAGCCAAGUGGUUAGAGUGUAGAGGUGGCAGGUAGCCUAGUGGUUAGAGUGUAGAGGUGGCAGGUAGCCUAGUGGUUAGAGUGUAGAGGUGGCAGGUAGCCUAGUGGUUAGAGUGUAUAGGAGGCAGGUAGCCUAGUGGUUAGAGUGUAGAGGUGGCAGGUAGCCUAGUGGUUAGAGUGUAGAGGUGGCAGGUAGCCUAGUGGUUAGAGUGUAGAGGUGGCAGGUAGCCUAGUGGUUAGAGUGUAGAGGUGGCAGGUAGCCUAGUGGUUAGAGUGUAGAGGUGGCAGGUAGCCUAGUGGUUAGAGUGUAGAGGUGGCAGGUAGCCUAGUGGUUAGAGUGUAGAGGUGGCAGGUAGCCUAGUGGUUAGAGUGUAGAGGAGGCAGGUAGCCUAGUGGUUAGAGUGUAGAGGAGGCAGGUAGCCUAGUGGUUAGCGCGUUGGACUAGUAACCAAAAGGUUGCAAGAUUGAAUCCCCGAGCUGACAAGGUAAAAAUCUGUAAUUCUGCCCCUGAACAAGAUGAAACAUCUUCACACCUAGAACAGCCUCCAGGCUUCCAUCAUAACGGUCCAUUUUGAAAGAGAGAAAAAAAUAAUUACCCGGGGGGGCAGUUAGGUAAAUCUAAUCCAGUCUGAAUCAUCCUCUGGAAAAACAGACAUGCUGUGGUAAUAAUUACAUAACCAAUGUUCCAAUAGUAUUACAGUUGUAUAGUAAUCCUGUGGGAAUAGGGUUUAGUGAUGUUUAUAUAGAAUAAUAGGGAGGAUGAACCUUCAUGAAUCCUGCCCCUUUUCAAGUAUCUCAACCCAUAGUUUUCCAGGCUCCGGAAGCUGCCUUACAACGGGGCCCCAUCUCUCCAGCUCUGUAUUUCAGUCACUGUGUCUUAGAGUGUGUCUACUCUCCAUCCACUGUCUAAAUGACUCUCCCUGAUCCCCCCAGGUGACUUUCCCUGGUUCCUCUGGACUUAUACUGUGUCUUUGUGCCAUUGUGGGUUUUUAAGCAAAUACACUGUUCAUUGAUCACAUUUCCUGACUGAACCUUAGAAUAACUUCAGAUCACAUGAUGAUAAUCACAAAUUGUAGCAGGAAUUAUAUACAGUCAUUUCAUUCAGCAAACUUUAGGAUGAUCAUUGACAGCAUUAGAUAUAAACAUGGCACGAGUAUUGCACUACACAUCCAAACGUGGAGUUUUUCCUGUUUUAUUUUUUGUUUUGUUUUUAUGCAAAAAUGAGUCAUGUUCAGCUGGUGAAAUGUUGUUAGGGUAUCUGCGAGGUUUGUGAUACAAAUGGUGGGCAAUUAAUUCCCCUGACCCUUCCAAUCUCCCGUCACCUGUGACACAUGACUAAUUAGUGCCCACCGUUGAGAGGGGGGUCCAGGUGGGGUGCUGCUCACCUGAUUGUUGGGGUGACCUGCUGGGUUGCAGUUUUCAGCUGCCAUGGCUGUGUCGUGUCUGCGUCAUGAAGACGGGUGCACCAUCAAACCAUUAGCAGGUGGGCACACAAAUACACACAGCUCUACAGGGCUAAUUAGCUGGGUCACUAUUGGCAUCCACAGCUCUAUCUGGACCAUCAAAGGAAACCUUUUAUAUUUAUACUUUUGCCCGAGAGACAAGGUGCAACAGAAAUGAAAAGUUCACAUGAGGAAAAAAGGCCCAGCUUUGAGUUGAGCGAGUGAGAGCUGCUUGAUUUCCCUCAAGAGCAGCUCCUAUUUUCCUCAUGUCUCUCCCAAUGGAGGAAAUCAAUCACAUGAUACUUAUUGAGAGUGUGACCUUUGACCUUGAGAGUACCACCCCUGUUCAUUAGGAAACAAUUGAGAGCAUCUUUCCUCUCCAAAUUGAGUGGGUUUGAGGGAUAGGUAUUUGAACUGGCGAUCCUCCUUAUUAUGGAUGACGUCUGAAAUCUCUGCUUACAGCUGACUUACUCAUCCCCACGUCAUCCCACCUCUGCACUGAGGAGAAGAGUGGCAGGAUGGUGGAGAUGUCGAUUCUCAAUGUGCGGGAGUAGAGUUCUGAUUUAUUUUGUUGACGUGUGUGUGUGUGUGUGUGUGUGUGUGUGUGUGUGUGUGUGUGUGUGCGCACGUGUGUGCAUGCUUGAGAGUGAGAGAAAGAGAGAGAACAGGAGAUAGAAAGAGAGAGAGAAUGGGAGAGAGAAUGAUAGGGAGAAUGGGAGCGAGAGACCAAGAGAGAAAUGGAUAAUGCCUAUAGUUGUGUAUAGUUGUUUUAACCAUUAACUAUAUCAAACAGUACAUAUUCUAAUAGCCAUAUUCCAAAGGAGAUAUAUUCAGUUAUGUCUCUUUGGAUGAUUUUCAUUUCAGUCCUCCUAAAACAAUAGUCUGGGGAAAUCAGAUAUCACCCCACUUGGGACCUUAUAAAACCAAUGGAUUACUUUCUUUAGUAAACAGACCCUCAGUGCUGGCUGAUGUUGAAAAUACUCUUGAUUGGAAUUGUGCCUUCUUAAUGGCACAAUGAUGUUUACAUAGGUCUGUGUUAAAAGCUGAAACUCGAUACGUGUUCCUAAGGGUCAAUAAAAAUCAUGGCCAAAUAGAGCAUCAUUACCAUGGUCCCUACUGCAAUUCAGCUCUGAAUUAGGCUCUGACUAUAGAAAUUGGAAAUUGUUUGUUAAAAGGUCACACAUAAUGAAGCUUCCGUUUAUGACCAAGUGAGAACGAGGUAUUAUUAGAGAUCUCUGUCAACACAGGAGGCAGAUAUUACAUCUGAUGCAAUAUCUAGUUCUACCCGUUGACUCUGCAUUUUCCAUGCAUGUCAGAUAGCCUGAGUUUAGUGUAGAAUAUAGAUUGGUGUACCUCCACCCCCUUGUUAACUCAAAGCAGAGGAGGGCGUUGUAGCGAUCAACCUCUCAGCCUCCUUAACGCUGGGUUCAUUUCACUCAUCCAGGGAACCUCACAGGAAGCCUCCUUUAAGCCCAUAUUCAUCAGGUUCAAUUUGAUUUAUUUUUUAUUUUACCUUUAUUUAACCAGGCAAGUCAGUUAAGAACUAAUUCUUAUUUUCAAUGACGGCCUAGGAACAGUGGGUUAACUGCCUGUUCAGGGGCAGAACGACAGAUUUGUACCUUGUCAGCUCGGGUUUUUUUAACUUGCAACCUUCUAGUGACUAGUCCAACACUCUAACCACUAGGCUACCCUGCCGCUACCCUGAAGAGAAAGAAGUGUUUGGUCUGUUCGACCCAGUGGAUAAUGCAGUCUCUCCAACAUGGUGAAAUGAUAGGUUUUAACUAACGAUUCCUAACACCACCAGUUAUUGGUGGGUACUUGACCUCACUCCCACGCUAUUGAUUUUGAGAUGCCUGGGUAAUUCAUUUGAAAACUGGGCUGCUGUUGGGGAAAGCAACUAAAUGAUAGUGUAGCAAUGAUGAGAUCUCAUUUCAUGGGCAGUGAACUAGACGUUGUGUAGGGAUAUCUAAGGGUCAACUUGGUCUCAUAAUAGAACAAUAAAGAAAUUCAGAUUCGCAACAGCCUAGUUUACAGUAAAUGCAAUCGCAUGUUAGGAUAAGGUUAGGUUCAGGCAUGCUAGCGAUUGGUUAAUGCAAUGGUUAGGCGAUUGGUUAAUGCAAUGGUUAGGCGAUUGGUUAAUGCAAUGGUUAGGCGAUUGGUUAAUGCAAUGGUUAGGCGAUUGGUUAAUGCAAUGGUUAGGCGAUUGGUUAAUGCAAUGGUUAGGCGAUUGGUUAAUGCAAUGGUUAGGCGAUUGGUUAAUGCAAUGGUUAGGCGAUUGGUUAAUGCAAUGGUUAGGCGAUUGGUUAAUGCAAUGGUUACGCGAUUGGUUAAUGCAAUGGUUAGGCGAUUGGUUAAUGCAAUGGUUAGGCGAUUGGUUAAUGCAAUGGUUAGGCGAUUGGUUAAUGUAAUGGUUAGGCUAAAAGAUAAAAAACAAAAACACCUGGAUUCAAACAGCAUCGGCCCAUUUGAGGAUAUUCCAGUAUGCUUGUUUCAUUAGAGUAACGAUAUUGGGACAAGUGACAAAUAUGUCUCAGUGCUGCCAUCCCUGUCAUGGCCACCCAAAGUACAUGCUCUAAACUAAUCUUGCCUGUGUGUGUGCUGUAUCGUGUGUAUGUAUAUAUGUGUAUCUGUACGCACGUGUGUGUGUGUGUAUGAGCAGCAGGAUGCACUCACUCCAGGUGGACUCGGUGCAGCGCUGGAUGGAGGACCUGCGUCACAUGACGGAGGUGGAGUGCAUGUGUGUUCUGCAGGCCAAGGCCAUUGGCGUGGAGGAGGAUGCGCAGGGUGAGCUCAUCGUGGCCACGCGGGACCACGUGGCCCGCGACAACCUGCAGACGCUGCUGCGGCGGGCGCUGGUGGUCAGCACGGAGCUGGGCAAGAUGUUCCAGCGGCUGGAGAAGGGCCGCUGGCAGCGGGUCCACAGCACGGCCGUCCGGGCCAACUGCCACGUGCGCUCGCUGGUGCAUGAGUAUAGCGCCGCCCGUAACACCCCCUCAGAGAUGCAGAAGUAUGAGAAGUCUUUGCUUGAGAAGUGCAUGGAGCUGACCACCAUAACAGAGAAAUGCCUUCAUACUGAGGACGAAUUCUUCCUGAAGUCCAUGAGGGAGGCCAUUAACGAGAUUCUCACCGAUGUCAGCGAUUCAUUCAGCCACAUGAUUGACAUGGCCCUGGCCAACGAGAUCCAGAUCCUGAUCAGGAAGAUUGAGUCGUCAGACAGUGUGUACACCAUAGGCAGUGACAUCAGCAACCUGCUCUCCCUCACCCAGGAUGGCCCACAGCUCUGCAGAAUCAUUGCUAAGGAGGGCGCUGUGGUGGCCCUGUUUAAGAUCUGCCGGCAGGACUGCUUCAGCGACCUUUACGCACACGCCCUGAGGGCGGUGGCCUCCAUAUGUUGUGUGGAGGAGGGCAUCAAUCAGCUGGAGAAGGUGGAUGGGAUCCUGUGCUUGGCGGACAUCCUGACCAAUGAGAACAGAGCUGAGUCGGCGAGGGCAGAGGCAGCGGCAGUGGUGGCCCAGAUCACCUCACCCCACCACACCUCCACCCAACACCUGGGCAGCUUCCUGGAGAGCAUGGAGGACAUUGUCACCGCUCUCAUCAAGUUGUGUGGGAGUGCCUCCUGUGGUGAGGUCUUCCUCCUGGCAUCUGCUGCCCUUGCCAACAUCACAUUCUUCGACAGCAUGGCCUGUGAGAUCCUCCUCCAGCUCAACGCCAUCCACAUCCUCCUAAAGGCAUGCAAAGACCGCCAGAGAGUUGAUACUCCCUACUCUAAAGACCAGGUGGUUACCAUCUUGGCAAACCUCUCUGUUUUGGAGCAGUCUGCACCUGAAAUUCUGCAAGAGAAAGGUGUUGAGAGACUGCUCCAGCUGCUGGGUGAGAAGCCGUCCUCCUCUAGUCCAUCGGAGGGCGCCGCGUGCGAGAGGGUCCAGCAGAAAGCCGCUGUCACACUGGCCCGUCUGAGCAGAGACCCGGACAUAGCCCAAACAGCCAUCCAGCUGCAAGGCUGCCCUGAGGAGGCUGGCAGCAGGGUGUCCAGACAGCAUCGAGGCCACCGACCACCAGCAGCUGAUCAAGCCCAGACUGGUGGACUCUUUCCUGCUGUGCUCCAACAUGGAAGAGAGCUUUGUAUGAGAAGAGAGCUUUAUAGGACGAUCCAGAGCGGAGGGGUUGGGUGCACAGGCACUGGAGGAGUCUCAGUGACCACUCACUCCAGCCUGAGACUUAAAAACACACAAGACAAAGGAGGGGUUGGGUGCACAGGCACUGGAGGAGUCUCAGUGACCACUCACUCCAGCCUGAGACUUAAAAACACACAAGACAAAAGGAGGGGUUGGGUGCACAGGCACUGGAGGAGUCUCAGUGACCACUCACUCCAGCCUGAGACUUAAAAACACACAAGACAAAGGAGGGGUUGCUGAAAUCAGUCCCUAUAUCCCAAAGCAUACAUUCUCGGAGUAUAAAAUACCGAAACUCGGGGACAUGUACAUGUUGGCAGCAUUCAUGAAAUCGUACUUAUUGGUUAUAAUUCCUCUCAUGAUAACAUUCAUAGUGUACAUGGGACCACCAUGCAUGAAAUAAAAAUAAUCAGUAUUUUGUGUCAGCUGCCAAUUUAAUGGGUUGUUCAAAUAUUAGAAACUACUAUUGUGUUCUGUUACUUACAGAUAAGAAUGUGUUUAAUGAGUUGUUGGUGGACAUACACUAUAUUCAAGGUAUUUGAUUACAUUAUCUCAUUUUGCUCUCUUGUUCAGGGGAGGUAAUAAUAUAGGUUACUGAUUUUAGUGUGCUGUUCUAAAGUAGGUUUCCUUGGAAACAAAGUGCUUUGAAAUCUAUAAUAUUGUAUCUGUAUUUCUUGCCUUGGAUCUAAAACAUUGUAUUUGCUACCAAGAAACAUACUGUAAAUGUGUUGUAAACCGCAAUCUCUAUUAAAUUACUAUUAUAAUGUGUGGCAAUGCA